AAUCUAAUAAAAAUCAUGCAAAUAAUAUUUUUUUAUAGACAAGGAUAGUUGUACAGUCAAGAAUCUUCACUCAACAUUAAGAAAUGAAAAUAAUCAAAAUAAAAAAUUUACUUAUUGAUUUUAUCUAAAAAAAAAAAAAAACUUAAUAACUAUUUUUUUUUUAUUAUAAAUAAAAUAACAAUAACAAUUUUGUUAUACGUCGUUUCCACGACACCAACGAAGCACGCAUAUCCCAGUUUAAUUUCAUGUAUCAAUGAUUAUCGAGACUGUUUUUUUUUUUUCUUUUAAUUUGGUCUCUCAUAUAAACACAAUUGUGUUGUGAUAUUAUUUCAUCAAGUGAUGUGGCUGAUUUGUGACGUUUCAAUCAAGACUUAAUUAUCCCGUUAAUACAAAAUUUUAAAUAAUCAGAAAAAUAAUAAAGGAUUGAUCAAAAAUGAUUAACAAGGUGAUUGGACUCCUGGUGGUCCUGAUCAUCGUCAUCAGCAAUGUCAAUGCUCGGAUACACGAACUCGAGAUACAGGGUGAUAGCAGGAGGUACAUUGCAUUGACAACAUUUGGAUUUUAUCAAGGAGGAUUGCUAUCUGUCAACAUGACCAAUUUCAGAAUGAGCAAUUUUGAUGAAAAUGCUGUUUAUGGAUUUAGUUUAGAUCGAACACUCAGCGAUGCAAUGAAUCCAUAUUUGGAUCGUCAUCAAGAAAAAUGUCUACUAAAUGAUAUACCAGAUCCAAAAUAUGAUUUUUUAGUAGACUCAAUGGAUGAGAGCUCAGUUAUCUAUCUAACAAUGGAUUUUAAAAAAAACCUAAUGAGAGUCAAUUGCAGUCAAAAUAUUAAAUCAGUACAUAUUUAUUCAAAAAUGCCAAUACUGACGAGUUACAGAGCAAAGAGAUCAUCACAAAUAAAUAACUCAUCAUUGGCAUUAAAAAAUAAAAGAGACACUGAUUCUCAUGAAAUGCAAGAUGUUAAUGGAGAGCAAGAUGUAAAUGGAGAGCAAGAUGUAAAAGGAGAGCAAGAUGUAAAUGAAGAGCAAGACAUUUGCUCAAAUAUUAAUUUACCAAUUGAUGUCAAAACAAUUAAUAAUGUAAAAUAUUUCAACACAACAUUUCACAUGUAUGUUGAUAAUGAAGAUGAAGUUGGUCUUUACAAUUUAUUUUUCCAUAGUUGUCCUAAUUAUAAUUAUGAAGAUCCAACUUACAUUGACUUUACUAUGAAUAUACAAGAAAGAAAUGGUCUUAAUUUUCUGAGUGCUGGUGAAAUGCCACUUCCAUCAUUGUAUUUUAUGAUGUCAAUAUUAUUUUUUACAUCUGGUUGUACCUGGAUUUAUGUAUUAAAAAAAAGCCAACAUCCAGUAUUUAAAAUACAUUAUUUAAUGGCUGUAUUGGUCUUCCUAAAAUCAUUAUCACUAUUAUUUCAUGGAAUCAAUUUUCAUUACAUUCAAACAAAAGGUGAACAUGUUGCUGCAUGGGCUAUUUUGUAUUAUAUAACACAUUUAUUAAAAGGAGCUGUAUUAUUUAUAACAAUUGUUCUCGUUGGAACUGGUUGGGAUUUUAUAAAACACAUACUAGCUGAUAAAGAUAAAAAAAUAUUUAUGAUUGUCAUACCACUUCAGGUACUUGCUAAUGUUGUUGAAAUAAUUAUUGAAGAGAGUGAAGAAGGUGACAUUGAAUAUAAAACUUGGAAAGAUGUAUUUAUUCUUGUUGAUCUACUUUGUUGUGGUGCUAUAUUAUUUCCUGUUGCAUGGAGCAUCAGGCAUCUUCAAGAAUCAGCAAAUACCGAUGGAAAAGCUGCAAUUAAUCUUCAAAAACUUAAAUUAUUCAGACAUUUUUAUAUAAUGAUUGUCUGUUAUAUUUAUUUCACUAGAAUUAUUGUAUACUUAUUAAAAAUGACUGUACCAUUCCAGUAUGAAUGGCUUGAUGAACUGUUCCGUGAAACAGCUACUUAUAUAUUUUUUGCCCUCACUGGAUAUAAAUUCCGUCCAGCAUCAGCAAAUCCAUAUUUCACUGUCAAUGAUGAUUUACCUCUGAAUGAUGAUGACGACGAAAUGGAUGUUGUUAUAUUUUCCAGUCUAUCCGGUGGAAAUGGAAUCACUGAGGGACUUGGAAAAGUCACGAGAAUUAUUCGACCAACAACUUCUGAAAUUACCAUGGAUCAUGAAGAACGUGAUAGUCUCAUUAAUAAACGCGAGGCAUCAUAUGAUUAUGAUUAAUUUUUUUUUACUUUGAAACAAUAAGACUCAAUAACUUUUUAGGAAAAUAAUUUACAUUAUUAUAAUAUCAUUUUUUAUUCCUGAUUAGUUAAAUUUUUUCUAUAGUCAUUUAGAAAAAAAAAGCAACACAUUUCCAUUAUUUUUUUUUUAUUUCGCCUUUUGUUUAUUAUUUCUUUUUUUAUUUAAAUUUUUGUGUUUUUUUUUUGGAGAAUUUAAGAGUAUUUUGAAGUGUGGAUGUAACUAGUUUAUAAUUAUUCAGUCGUGAGAAUUUAAUAAUUUGUGAUAAAAUCAUAAAUAUUUAAAGAUUGAUCAUUUUUUUUUUCUUUGUCUUUUCGUAUUUCCUUAGUUUUUAGAGUAAUUAAUAAAUAAAUAAAUUUAAAAAAAAGUGCGUUGAUGCAAUUGAGACAUUAUUCCGUUAUAUUGUUUAGUAUUUAAUUAAUAAAAAUGAUAUCUGUGGUACCAAAUAAGUAAUUGAACAAAAAAAAAAAAAGUUGAAAUUAAAAUAACUGUAUAUUGAUUGUAGUUAUGAUAAUAAUUAAUCAAUAGGUUUAUUUAUUAAUUUUUUUGUUUCAAUUGUAAUGUGCACACAAGUACAUACUUGAGUUUAAUAAUAAUUUAAUUAUUAUUAUUAAUAAAUACAUUUUAUUUCAUUGUUAAAUAACAUAUAUUCAAUAAAAAAAAAAAAGUAAUAAUUGUAUGGAAAAAAGAAGAGUAAAUGUGAAAGAAGAAUAAAGUUAUUUUUAUGAAUAAAAGUA